AUGAGCAGUCAUAAGGAACUGAACUUCAUUUUUCAAAGUGAGAAAGAGUCGAAUGCUUCACUCUCUCAAAUCAAUUUUGAUAUUACAGAGAAUAAUAAGGGACUGAAUGCAGCAAGUUUCAGACAGAUCGAUCAAACUAUUCAGAGCGAGAUUGGAACCAAAGAGCAUUAUUUAGAGUCUUUGAAAAACUACCAGAAUAAUUUAGAGAAAGAUUCUGACAUUAACCUAUCAACCCAAAGAAUUCCGAAUGGUUCUAUAAAGGAAGCUGAAGAUAUGCUCAAAGAGGAUAAUUGAGUGUGAGAUAUUAAAGAAGGAUUAGAGAAAAAGAUUAAGGCUAAACUAGUGCCCGCCUAUGAGAAGAAAGAUAUCGAUAAUGGCAUCUGUUGAGUAGUCAGCAGUUGCUGUCUUUCCAUGGAUGAUCUAUGAAAAUGUCUUACUGAUACCUCCAGUACCAUGCAGGACAUGCAUAUUUAUAAUGGUGAUGCACCAAAUCAAUUCAAGAUCAAAAUUGAUAACAAGAAUGGAUUCCUUCCAGUUAAAGAAGUCCAGAAAUGCUGUAGUUGCCCGCCUGGAAAGUGCAAAAAGAGCCAGAAGAAAACUGAAUUCCAAGUGCCUACAACAGUGUUGAAGAAACCACCUCGGGCUUUUAUACUUAGAAGGAACAUCUACAGAGCGUUUUUUAACUACUUCAAAGAUUGUUUUGCUAAAUAUACUAAGAGAUUUAUGAAUCUCAGAUGAGAUCAAAAUAAAAAGGCGGAGAAAAUGGAAAAAUACCUCAGUGAAUUCAUUGAUGAACACUUUGAUCAACAAUAUGCUAGUCUCACUGAAGAGCAGCAAAGGGAAUUCAGAGUUGCACUAAAGCAAGUUUUGUUCAGCCACAGACACAAGAAGGGAGACCUCUUCCUCGAGAACAUUGAUUUCUCUGCUUCCAGAGCCGUGAUGUACUCCUACAGCUACAAGGCCAGAGAUGAAUUUUUCUCUUGUAUGUACAGAUGUUUCUUUUUCAACUACUGUUUGGAAACAUAUAAAGUCCCAUUCUUAAAAAAGGCUAAAAAGAAGGACACUAAGAAUCUUAAUGAAGAAUAUAUGAAGGAGUUUGACUCCAUUGAAGAUAUCCUGAAUACCAAGAGAGUUAACCUCUGGCUUAACUAAUCACGAAGAAUCUGAAGUAUAAUUUAUUAGAAAAUAUAUAAGCACAAACUAAUUUAUUCGAUUUCCAU